UAGGAUUAUUCAAUUGUUCUGAGUCCGUGAACUUUAUAAAAUAGUAAAAAAAAAAACAAAUUCAUUGACAUUUUUCGCUCACACAGUAUACAAGUAAUAAUUUAACCAUAAAAGUAUUAGUCAACGAAGUAUUUCCGAUAAAACGUUUUUCCACUUUGCUUCGUGUUCUAUCUCUUUUUCUAUUAAACUUAAACAUAAUAUUUUUGACAUCUCUUUGGACAACUCUCUAUUUUAGUGCCUUCUUUAGGAUUGUGUGGCAUUUGUGUAUGUAACAAAACGCAUAGACCAACAAAAGCCGUUGCAUUUCAAUAAUCAAAACUCUCUCGGCAACGUUUCGUAACAAAGUAAAGUGAAUCGUUUAGAUAAAACCAAAAUAUUACUUAUAAAACUUGAAAUAUUUUUGUUGUUUGAAACAUCAAACUAGCAAAUAAACAAAAUUGAAACAACAAUUAUUUGUUUACAAAUGCAUAAACAUAUAUAAAACUAACAAUUUUUUUUAUCGAAGUUUCUUUUUUUUGCUUUUAUUUGGUGUGUGUAUGAAAAGUGUUUCGUUUAAAAAUAUAAAAAAUAAAUCUCAGGGUUUUCUAUUUGCAAAUUAAACAAAAUUAAAACAAAUAGACAAACAUUUAAGUAACCAGCCUUGAUAUAAAAAGUAAACAAGAUGCGUGAAUAUAAAAUUGUGGUUCUUGGCAGUGGGGGUGUUGGAAAAUCAGCAUUAACAGUACAAUUUGUUCAAGGUAUUUUCGUAGAAAAAUAUGAUCCUACAAUUGAAGACAGUUACAGAAAACAAGUUGAAGUAGACGGCCAACAGUGUAUGUUGGAGAUUCUGGACACUGCUGGAACUGAACAAUUUACAGCAAUGAGAGAUUUGUACAUGAAAAACGGUCAAGGUUUUGUUUUAGUUUAUUCAAUAACAGCACAAUCAACAUUUAAUGAUCUACAAGAUCUGCGGGAACAAAUUUUAAGAGUUAAGGACACAGACGAUGUUCCUAUGGUACUAGUAGGAAACAAAUGUGAUUUGGAAGAUGAACGUGUAGUUGGCAAAGAUUUAGGAAAAAGUCUUGCAACACAAUUCAACUGUGCUUUCAUGGAAACAUCUGCCAAAGCUAAAAUUAACGUAAACGAUAUUUUCUAUGAUUUAGUACGACAAAUUAACAAAAAAUCGCCCGAGAAGAAACUUAAACAAAAGAAAAAAUCAAUUUGUGUCAUCCUAUAAAUUAUUUUCAAAAUAAACAAAUAUUAAUAUUAAUAAAUCAAUAUCAAAACAACCAACAAACAAAAAAAAACGUAUCACAGUUUUUUUAGUUUAUAAAUAAUAAUAUGUAAACAGCAAAAAGAUUAAUUAUAUGCAUUAAACAUUACACUUUUUUGACCGUUUCCGCGUUUAAUGCAUUAACUUAACAUAAAAUUUAAAUAAAAUUUAAAAAUAGAACAAAAAAAUAAAAGCAAUGUAUGAAUGUAACUUUAAAAAAAUCCAGAAAUAUAUUUAAACAAAUCAAAAACAGGAAAACGAUCGUAAAUGACAAAAACUAUUUGUAUGUAUACACUCACAACCUUCUCAAAAAAAAUAACAUUACCUUCUCGUCACACGUGUCCAGUGUUUGUGUACGUAAUUUUGUGUAAUUGCUAUUAAAAAAAAUAUUCAAAAACCCACAAUAAUUACAUUUUAAACAGCAAAUAUAUGAAAAUUGUUUCAAAUAGAGUCCCAAAUUAAAUAAAAAUCCAUAAAAUUAGCUAUUCAAAAUGAAUCGGAUCUUCUUCCUCUUAGAAUGUGGGUAUAGUGGUAGAACCUUAUAGCUAAACGUAAUAACUCUUAAGUAUUAAAAACCUAAAAUAAACUGAUUUAUUAAUAGUAUAGUGUACUUUUGGAAAAAAUAUUUUUUUUAGCCUAAACUAGGCAUACAUACAAAAAUAAAAUAACAGUUUUUCGACUCACAAUUUCUUCCGAAAGAUCAAGUAAAAAUUAUUAUUGAUUUAAAAACAAAUACUAUGCUCUUUUCAGAAAAAAAAUUGAUCAAGUUAAAACAAAACAAGAAAAUAAGGUUUAUUUUUGUAUAGUUAUUAAUAUUGUAUACAUGCUUUGUAAUUUUUCAAAAUAAAUAUUAAAUAUUAAAAGGAAAAUGAAUAUCUUUUCUGCGAAAAAACCAACAAAUAUUAUUUUUUCUUCUAUUUUAUAAAUGUUUACUUAUUUUGAUGUUAUAUACGUUUUAUAAAUAUAUAGAAAUAAAUAAAAUAAUUUUAUGUCUCAACAAAAAGUCGUGCAAAAUAAUAGCGAACAAAAACAAUAAAAAUUAGAUUUAAAUAAUGAACACAAAUUAAGAAAAACUAUAUAAAAAAAUAUGUUAUUGUAUUUCUUAUAAGUAAAUUACAUUGAAACAAUAAGAAAACAAACAUUAAAUCAACCAGAACUGUA